AUGUCGAUGCCACUGGGCCAGCAGCAGCAGCAGCAGCAGCCUGAAAUGGGGCAGGAGCCUUUCGCCAUCCACUCGUCGUCGUCCUCUCACGCUUCGAUCGGGCCGGUCAUCGCGGUGCUGGUGGUGAUCAUGAUUCUCGGCAUUGUGGCAGUGAUGAUUGGAAGGCUGUGUUCUGGAAGGACCAUACUGGGGUAUGGUCAGUACGAUAUAGAGAGCUGGGCAGAGACCAAAUUCUCAUCUUGCAUUGACGGAAGGAUUACCACCACCACCACUCCACCGCCGGCCGCCGCCACAAGAGCUCCACAUCCUCCGGCGGGUGACAAUGCAGUAGCUUCCCCUGCUACCACUAGUACUACUCCUGCUCAUGAAGAACAAGAAGAAGAUGACGAUGAUGAGGCUAAUGCAGCAGCUUAA